UGAUCAAGACCGGACUAUAUCCAAUCCAAUCUUUGGUCCUUAUAUUUCCAAAAAACCGAACUGGACUGGAUCAAUUUGGGCCAAUUUAACCGGAACGGAUCGUAUAGUCACCUCUAAUUUUAACUAUUAUGAGAAACCGAUGAGGUCCGAAUCCAUUUCGGCAAAGCCUAAUUAUUAUAUAGCUAUAAACACAUAUUAUACUACUCAUAACUAAUGCAACAUUCAUAUGCAUCUUAUUAUAACGAUUUGCCCUAAAUAAGGUGGACAUGUUGGUUGUGUGGACUUUAAUUUGGAGAAAACGAUCCACAACUACAACCUACCCAAAAAUUAUUCCUUCAUAUCUUUCCUUUAACUGGUACAAUGUACAAGAAUCCUUUGCUUCUCUUCUGUACCAUGAAUUUGUCCAUAAUUCAUGAGUGAAUAUCUGCAACUUUACAUAAGAAUCUGACCAUCAGACUAGGAUUUCGUAAAUUUAAGGGGCUUGCUAUUUGCCGCCAAUCAAAUUGCUAUUUGCCGCCAACUAAAAAAAGUAUAUAUGUACAUCUUUGGUUAAGGAGUUUCACAAUCUACAACAUAUCCAACUUUCAGAGAACGUAUGGUAUCAGAAAAAAUCGACGCUCGCCGGAAAAGUCGCCGGAAAAUCAUCGGGAAAGCCCAUCCUCGACGUAAACUGCGGACAUGCAUCCAUGAAUCAUCACUAAGCAGGUGCGUCAAUUUUUUGUAGUUUCGAACAAUUUUUCCGACGAUUUGCAACGAACAGACGGUGGGCUGAAAAUUUCCGGCGGCCGGAACCAGGCAGGGCCGACGGAAAUCGGUGGCCGGGGCCAGGCUGAGCCACAAAAUGUUUUCGGCUCAGCCUGGCUCCGGCCACCGAUUUCCGUCAACCCUGCCUGGUUCCGGCCGCCGGAAAUUUUUGGCCCGGCCAGGUUCCGGCUCCCGGAAAUUUUCGGCCCACCGUUUGUGUUUGAAAUUUUUCGGAAAAUUUUGAUUUUAGGAGUUGAAUUUAGAGUUUAGGAGUUGAAUUUAGCGUUUAAGAGUUGAAUUUAGCGUGUAAGAAUUGAAUUUAGAGUUUAGGAGUUGAAUUUAGCGGUUAAGACUUGAAAUUAGCAUUUAGGUUCACAGGAAUAUUGACGUGUUAUAUUGUAAUUGUAGGGAAAAUGUCAGAGUGGUUACCGGCCGAUCAUGAUUACACACAGGAAUUUGAGAAUGGGAUCCAUUAUGCAAGUGUGAAGUUAGCUGAGUUAGCUGCAAAAGCAAUCGCUCAGGAGUAUGGGUUCUUUAUUGUUAGAUGAGCAUGGAAACCGAAUACUGCUGGACUACAUCCUGUUACUGCCCUCGUAUGUAUAGCGACAGAAGCAGUAUGAUCGUUAAGUCUUAUAAACCAAACCCUACGAAGGAGAUGCAUGGGAAUAUUAGUUCGAAGGGUACUGGUUGCCAGUUUCAUAUAUGUAUUAAGGAAGUAUGGCAAGAGAAUGGUCCAAACACAUGGGUCAUAGUGGGAGUGACAAGUCGUGUAACCGGAGCUAAUAGAGUGUUUCACAACCGUGAAAAGGUGUUGUAUCCAGAACAUCACCGACACAACAAACAGUUUAGUGAGGCUGAAAAAGACAGGUUAAGAUUAAUGAGGAAGGCGGGGGUGAGACCAAAUCAGCAGAAGACGACACUCAAUACUGAAGGGGGUGUGCAUCAUGAUACCAAACAGAUGUACAACAUAAAUUACAAGACAAGAUUGGAUGAGAUGGGUGAAAUGGAUGCGAUACAGUUUGCGCUUCACGGAGCUGAACAGCGUGGGUACCAUAUCUGUUUGCAAAAGGACUCUAAUAAUGUGCUCACUAAUAUGUUUUUUGCGCACCCGACGUCCAUUCAGAUGUUGCAUGCAUGGCCGUACGUCAUCCUCAUUCACUCGACCUACAAGACCAACAGGUACGGCUGGUCAUGGGUUGAGAUUAUUGGGGUUACUCCAGUCAAGAAGAAUUUCAACAUUGCAUGUGCUAUUAACAUUAAUUGUUAAUUAAUCACAAAUUAAUUAAUUUUCUAUUAACUAAUGUACUGAAUAUUAACAUUAAUUAUUAAAUCUCUUUUGGCCCGACGUCGGCUUGGCAGCAAAUUUUUUUCGGCCGGCCGACGAACACCCUGCCUGAAAAUCUUGGCCGGCGUGUUCGGAAGUUAAUGUCAAAACGAAAUGUUAAUGGUAUCCGAAUUUAUAGAAUGCUUGGAAGGGAAAAUUAAAAAUUUGAGUUCAAAUUUUUUUUUUUAGUUGGCGGCAAAUAGCAAUUUGGUUGGCGGCAAAUAGCCGUUCACAAAGUUAAUGCCAAAACGAAUUGGAUUGCACAAUCAUGUGCACGAUUGGAUUACUAUUCUUGAUGUUGUAUGAUGAGAGGGCCUUUGGCAUACUUCAACAAAGAUGAGUCAUUGUUAGGAGCCGAAGUUAUCUAUGGGAUGUGCAAACACUUGGUUAUAUCAUGUUAACUUGUAUUAUUAUGCAUAACAUGAUAGUGGAAGAUCACCAAAACAAUACUAUGAACAAUGUAGUUAAAAUCGCGCUUUAAGAUUUAAAAACUUACGUUUUUACACUUUUAGUUCACCAAAACGCUUCGUAGAAUCAAACUUUUUACUUCCAAAUUACAAUUGUAAUCAAAAGGCUAAAUUACACGUUUGGUCACUCGAAUUACAUAAAUCUUUCACGUUUGCCACCCAAAUUACUUUUCUUUCAUAUUAGCCACUAACUUUACGAUUCGUUUCACCGUUAGUCACCCUCCGUUAGACUCCGUUAACACCGUCAAAUUUUUGAUGACGUGGCAAACAGAAGUGUUGACUGAGCAUUAACUUAAUGACGUGUCAAUUUUUUAAAAUAUAAAAAAUAAAAAGAGAUUCCACCUCACUCUCUCCUCACAACAACAUUUCUCUUCUCCUUCCUCUUCGCACGUGCAGCAGUCAAAACAGAGAUUAGCGGAGCCAUCGAUCUCCCCGUCCCGUCGGCGAGGUACCUGUUACCACCACCGUCGAAUCAAUCUUCAGUGGCGCCACAAUCAUCUACUCUCGCAGCCGCUCGUUGCUUUUUCCUCAUCCUGGUGCCACUCGUUGCUGUAAACUGCGCCGCCUUCAGCAACCUAGUCCGACGCACCACCAAACUUUCUCGUCGCAGUCGAAGCCGCCACCAUCUCGCCAAGACCAGUUGAUACAAAAAGUAUAGGUACAAUCUAAAGUUGUAGCAUAACGUAAAUGUACCAUUUUAAGUUGUACCAUAAAGGCAAAACCCUAUAGCAUCAAUACUAUAUAGCAUUGUAAAAUUUCUCAUAGCUAAGAACUAGUUAACACUAAUAAUUUAUUGGAUGAAUUUGCAUGUAAGCUGACACAUCAUCAUCAACUCAAUUAUAUUAAUUUUUCUUUUUCUUUAUGAUUUUAAAAACUAAAAAACAAUAGAAAAGAGAAGACCACCAUCUUCUUAUCCCCUUCCUCUUCCCACCAUCGAGAAUACCAACAGAUGCCCACUCAAAAUACCACCACCUCUCUCCAAUUUCCGCUUCCCCUCAUCCAGUUUGUGUUGGAAAUGUAUAUGAAUAGUUUUGAAAGCUAUAGAGUCUCUAGUGGAAAAACUACCACAUUGGUAGUUUUACUUGGUGAAAUGUGUAUAAAGAUAGGAGCCUCUCUCCCAAGGGCAUGCCCCUUGGGGUGACCCACUUUUGUGGGAGAGGGAGGACCUAACGGACCACCACACACAAGCGCGCGCGCCGUCCGUCCGUCCGACCGGUUGGUUGGUUGGUUGGUUGGUUCACUUGAGACUAUAUAUAUAUUUUUGGAGAAAUUCCGAACGAAAUUAAUUAUCUAAUAAUUAAUUAUUAAUCGGUUGUUCUGAGGUAUAUUCCUAAGGAUAAUAGACUAAAACGGAAUAUUCGAA